CACAAUCUGUCGGACUAUAAGGCCAGGUAUGCCCUAGUGACCCUAAAAGAAAUUGAUUAUGGGGUUAUCACGGUGGUUGACCUUCACGCUUGCUCGACAGUUUUUGCAAAAAUUACGCGGUUGGGCAAAAUCUCCUCUCAUAGUCCGCCGUUAAGGCUUCUGUGCUCUUUUAAACUUGUGAUGUACAUGCUCGUCACGCCUGAAGCCUGACCGUAUGGCCGUACAUCGCGGGGCAGAAUCAUAGAAUGGCGGUAGCCUCACUCUUGUGUACAGUGGCGCUUUGGCGCCGAACUGCUUUGCGUUGCAAACAUUUGACCCUUGCGAACUGGUUGCCGUUGUUCGAACUCCGAUUCUGAGAACUUGACGAAAGCUGCUCUUUAACCAUGCUUCUUAGCGGAAAGAACGUUAGGCUAAACCGCCACACUACUGAGGUAGCUAGCCUGCAGGCUCCAGCGCCGCAGCCGACCAUCCGCCGCACGCCCGCCGUUAAGCGCCAGAGGUCAGCACCAGCCACUCGCCGCAUGGCCACCGUCCAGGCGACAGCAGCUCCAAUCGCGGAGCGCGAUGCGACUUCCGUUAGCGAGACCGGGCUGCCGCGUACGGCAGUGGUGGGAGUGCUGGGCGGCGGCCAGCUGGGACGCAUGAUGGCGCUAGCAGCGGCCAACCUGGGGGUGCGCGUCAAGUGCCUGGACCCCGCCCCCGAGGCGCCCGCGGCGGUGGCAGCGGAGCACGUGCGCGGGCACUUCCGGGAUGCAGCGGCCAUCGAGGACUUUGUGAAGGGCCAGGGUAUCGACGUGCUGACCAUGGAGAUCGAGCAUGUGAACACGGACGCACUGGAGCAGGCGGCGCGGGACGUGCAGGUUGACAUCGAGCCCUCCCCCGCCACCAUCCGCACCAUCCAGGACAAGUUCGACCAGAAGCGCCACUUCGCUGCUGCCGGGGUGCCGCUGCCGGCCUUCCGCGAGGUGCGGUGCGGGGGCUGCAUGGAGGCCACCGCGGGGGCCUUCGGCUACCCCUUCAUGCUCAAGGCCAGGAGGCUUGCGUACGACGGUCGCGGCAACUACCUGGUGCGGGGUCCUGGGGAGCUGGAGGGCGCGGUGGCUGCGCUGGGCGGCUACGAGGCGGGGCUGUACGCGGAGCAGUUCGCGCCCUUCGUGAAGGAGCUGGCGGUCAUGGUGGUGCGCAGUCGCGACGGCCGGGUGGUGUCCUACCCGGUUGUGGAGACGCUGCACAAGGACAACAUCUGCCACGUCACGGAGGCGCCCGCGGAGGUGCCGCCCGCCAUCCGGGAGGCGGCACGGAGGGUGGCGGAGCGGGCGGUGGGCUGCCUGCAGGGGGCGGGCAUAUUCGGUGUGGAGAUGUUUUUGCUGCCGGACGGCUCCCUCCUCCUCAACGAGGUGGCCCCGCGCCCCCACAACAGCGGGCACUACACCAUGGACGGCUGCGUCACCAGCCAGUUUGAAAACCACGUGCGCGCGGUGCUGGGCUGGCCGCUGGGGGAGACUCGGCUGCAUGGAGGCAGUGUGGCGGCGGCAGCGGCGGCCAGCAACGGUAACGGUAACGGUAACGGUGCCUGCUGCAGCGCCGCCAGCAACGGAGUCGCAGCAGCAGAGGUGGAGGAGGAGGGGGAGGAGGGGUCUUGUGUAGCCAUCAUGCUCAAUCUGCUGGGUGAGGCUGACGGCGAGGAGGGUGUACGGCGGGCACAUGAGGUGAUGGGCGCCGCGUACGACACCCCCGGCUGCAAGGUUCACUGGUACGGCAAGGAGGGCAUGAAGGUGGGACGCAAGGUGGGUCACAUCAACAUCCUGGCGACCAGCAGGCGGGAGGCGAGGGAGCGGUUGGGGCGGUUGGAUCCGGCGGCGGCUGCGGCCCUGCAGCGCACCUCGCAAGCAGCGGCCGCGGCGGGGUUGCUGCAGUCGCAAGGGCAAGGGCAUGCGGCGGCGGCGGUGCAGCAGCAGCAGCAAGGGACGGGAGUGGUGGCGGGAGCGGCGGCCUGCUCGGCUGGGCCGGUGGCGGCGGAGGGAGCAGCAGCAGCAGCGGAGGGUGCGGGUGAGGCCAGGCGGCCGCUGGUGGGGAUCAUCAUGGGCUCCGACUCGGACCUGGCCACCAUGAAGGCCGCCGCCCAGGUGUUGGAGGAGUUCGGAGUGCCCCUGGAGCUGACGGUGGUGUCCGCGCACCGCACCCCCGAGCGCAUGAUGGACUACGCACGCAGCGCCGCCAGCCGGGGGCUGCGGGUGAUCAUCGCGGGGGCGGGGGGCGCGGCGCACCUGCCGGGCAUGGUGGCCGCCAUGACGGCGCUGCCGGUGGUCGGGGUGCCGGUGAAGCCCUCGGGUGCCCACCUGGAUGGUCUAGACGCGCUGCUGUCCAUCGUGCAGAUGCCGCGGGGGGUACCGGUGGCCACCGUGGCGAUCGGCAACGCCGCCAACGCGGGGCUGCUGGCGGUGCGCAUCCUGGGCGCGGCGGACCCGGAGCUGCGGGCGCGCAUGGAGGCGUACCAGGAGGGCAUGCGGGAGAGCGUGUUGGGGAAGGCGGAGAGGCUGGAGCAGCAGGGCUGGGCAAACUACAAGGCGUGAGGGGGUGGGUGGGUGUCAGUCAUGGGUUAGUACGACACGGCUCAGCCGACACACAAGUGCUGACGGUGGCACCUUGACGACACAAGCUGGCGUGUGACCGAUGAGAGCGGUGGUGGUGUUAUCUGAUAUGUAUGUGGGGUGAUGAGGCAGUGGGGGCUGGGGGUGUUUUCAAAUGGAGAGCCUGUAACACACCACCGCCGGGGUAACCACAUGGAGCACUAGGUGUGUCCCCGCGCGGUAGCAUGUAUCUGUUUGGAGGUGGGGGAGGGGAGGGCUUUCUAGCGGGUUGAUGGACUGAUGCUGGGGUUGCUCUUGCGCGCCUGUGUACAUGCGUGCAUACCGGUGUAUGGGAAGCUGCGCGCUGCGUUGGUUGUUGCACUGCGACACGUGACCGCACUGCUGCAUUCGCCCUUGCUGUGGCAACUACCGAGCUUUCGUGUGUCGCCGGUCUUGGGAUUUGUCUCUGUCACUGAGUCUUUGAGAGACUGCCUGAUGCGUUACCCGCGUGAGGGGUAUUCGGAUGAAAAGCGUAUUUGCUUAAGGGCCAAGGAGCUCGGGAAUGGUCUGGCCCUGACUCGCUGUAAAUGCCAUUACCUUUGAACAUCGUAAAGGGGGUCUUGUGCGGCGGAACACAUUGGGGGAUGAAUUCUGAUUCUCGGGGCAUCUUGGUGACAAGAGGCAGCAGGCCCACCUUCGCCUCCCAACCCCAGGGUACGACAACAUACUCGGGACGCAUGAGGUUUUGCCCUGCGCGCUGUAAACGGCUGAAGUUACGGCGUCGUCAACAAUGUACGCUUGUGCAGGAAAUCUGCGGUGGCUAGCUAGCUUUUUUCUCCUAGCUAGGCACAACGCACUGUACGGCGUGCGUGUUCAUUACUAGCCGAUGCCAGGCACUGCAGGAGGUAAAACCCAUAGUCAUUAGGUUAAGGUAACAUUAGGUUGACUUGAGUACUUGUCAGGAUGGUUGUUGAGGGAGCCAUCGAGCCAUGAACUCUAGCGCAUUCCAUGCAAGCCUUGCUUACACGCUCCAAGCUACGAUUACUGGCUUUCCGUGAAAUGUUUGGUACCAUCCGUAUUCUCCUGCGUCUUUAGCAACCAAAUAUUUACGUGGCAAGCGCUGUAUACUGUUGCACAGUCAGGACCCAGUUGGCUCUAUAACAUGUUCUCCCUUAUGAUCAAUUGCCAUUGUGUUUGACGGUUAAUGGCUAUGUGGGCUGUUGAGAGGAGCUUGGCCCUUCGGGUCGUUGGCCUGGCAUGCCUCUUCUUAUUGGGUGUUUCAAGCACCGAAGCCUAUUAUGACGAGUACGGACAAUCUUGGAACGCUACCGAUGGAGACUAUCCUAGCGAAACCGCUUAUACAGCGAGCGGCGGUGCAGCGUCUCGUGCUCUUCCACAUUACAGCUAUGAUUACCCAGCUGAUCAGGAGCCGCGUGUGUGGAGCGUUAAAUUGGGUGAGGGAGACGGCGCUGCUUCAACUCCGCUGCCGGGGGCGCAGACGCGCGCUGGCAUGCGCAGGCGAUUCCCCGCUGCUGCCGGUUCCGGCGGUCAGGGCUUUACCCCAGACGGCGAGGCCUCUUGUCCUGGAGGCGUUUGCCCGAACCCCGACAUUCAAAGCAGCAGCUAUGCCACUAGCUACGGCUAUGGCGCGGAGGCAGAGGAGUACGACCUGCACUACGACCCUCGUUGUGAGUACGGCCGGAACAACAGCACUAGCCAUGCUGCCAUGCAUGACUGAAAAGGCGACCCGCCCCAGCCUUUGCCUCGCCUUAGGUACCGUGAUAGGCGUCUCAUGGCUUGCGUUGCGGCAGAGAUCCGUACGACAACUGCCAGUACCUGGACGAAAGCCUAACCAACUUCCAGAUUAACGGCUCCGAAACCUGUCACCUUGUCGUACGAGGCGCCGACGCCUCCGCAGACCUCCUCCGAGGCGGCCUGGACGGUACCUAUCUGCUAGUCGGCUGCUUCGAGGGAAAACCCAUCUACAUCCGAUCCCGUGCCGUACAGCCGUACGACACCCAUGCAACAACCCACGCCGAUGAGGACCGAGCCGGCGAGAAUCGGGUGUUGUACUACAAUCCGCAUUAUGGGUCAUGGGAGUUUUCGGUGGGAAUCGAACCCAGCACGGAUCAGUUGGUGUUGGCGGGAGAGGUCGGGCACGUGAGUCCGCAGGACGUGCCGAGGUGGCACCUAGCGGCUGCGUUUAACAGCGAGCAGAAGGCUGUGCUGCCCUCGGAUGAGGAGGAGUUGUAUUUCGUGGCGGGGGG